AUGGAUCAGGCCUCAGGCUCAGACGAUCGAAUGACGUAUCUUCCACUAUUCGCAAGCUACUUUGCCGGCUCCGGCUUCAACCCUUGCUUUUGGUUGCCCCACCAAAGAAUGUACUUGAGAGCCACAACGGCUAGUCAACGGCGGCUCGUUCACUCGCAUAUGGUCAGAUAUAUUCGCCAUUACCACGACCGUUCCGAUAUGGUGGACCUCACCUAUAAGCUGGUGCCCGCCAUAGCAUCAAAUGGAGAACGAGAUCACCUCCUGAGUGAACUAUAUCAUAUCCAUCCCGAACUAUGGUACCUAUUUGAACGGGAGUUGCAGCGGCUGGAAGAAAUCGAACACGACUCGACCUUUGAUCUAGAUGGAUGGCUCGAUGACCUCCGCCAUUACCCCACCAUCGAGGAGAGAAUGGAGCCAUCACAACUUUACAGCUUCUUCCGCUAUCUCGACACACAGGACAGACUCAGCAGCGUUUACUACGCCAUUGAUCGUGAACCGGAUGAUGAUACUGUAAAGAUUCAUUUACAGAAUGCCAAUCGAGCCCUACAGAAUGGAAAUCACUUCCAUCCCAACUUCUGGUUGCCGCAUCGACGCAUGUUUCAGCGGGCCACCUCAGAUGUUGACCGAUGGCGAGUCAUCUCUCACAUGAUAUCAUAUGUUAAAACGUACCACAGUGGGAAUCAUCUUAUGUCGACCCUCCAGCGCUCUUAUGAACAACAAUAUAACCCAGUUUCAAGGAGUGACCGCGCGAAUAGAACAACCCCGACGAAUCCACUGCCUGCCUCAUAUCCACGUGAGGAAUGGGGGACUGAUAAUGGUACUGCAGAUGAAGUGGAAAUUGCAGGCUACAGAAAAUAUGGAUCAGGAUACCAGGUUCUUUUAAAAUCUCCUGCGCCCCGUGGAGGAUUCUUUGAUUACAAACUAGUUCCGGCUCAUCUUUUGGGCGGGGAAGCAGUAAUCAUAGGCUAUACAAGGAGAAUGGAAGAGCGUGGAAUGGCGCCUUUUCAAUUUGAGGAGGCAAGCAUAGAUCUUCUAAGAAGCAAGUCGAAGAGUCAGAUACACAUUGCAGGUCGAUGUGUCCAUAGAAAGCAAGCAAGGGCCGGCGGUACUGUACUUCAGCAAUAUCUAAUGUUAACAUUCACCAACGAAGAUGGUGUGUAUUGGUACAGUAAAGGGGCCGUGGAGCAUUAUCAUAACCGUGUGUGGGUCGAAAAUAACCUCCUGCCGGGACUGUUCGAUGCAUCCGGAUUGACGGCCCCCGGAGACAUCCGUCGGUUGAAUUACCGACCACAGACAUCAUACACAGAAGAAACCAUCCGGAAACUAAGUGAUCUUGAACGCCGAGCAGUGUCUAUAGAGAAUAUACUCAGGGAAUUUUUUCUACAGCUCUGA